AAGAAAUUGUGUCACAGUACAGUUAGACAGUACAAGCAACAGUAGACUCUGAGAACGCUGAAUUAGGUAGAUAACCUAACUGUUGAAUAGCUGUCACUUAGCAUUUAUUUAUGUCGUAGCUUACUGAUAUGCAAUUAUGGUAGUUAAAACAAGAAAACAAAACGCAAAGGAUCAACCCCAACAGGGCACCGAGAAAGAGAAGAGUCCGUCUGUAGCUCACAGCACAGUGAAAGGCAGAAGGGUGAAAGAGGGGAAAGGGUCAUUUUUUCAAAGUAAAAACGGACUUUUUACUGGAUUCAUUAAAAAUAAACUGGGCUUGAGUCCAUCAGCUUUUGUAAGAGUCCUCAUCGUCUUAAUUAUCGCUCUUGCUGCAGGAUUGUCCCAUUGGUACCAUCUUUCACAUCUUUUUGAGAAUGACAGACAUUUUUCACAUAUGUCUGCCUUGGAGAAGGAGAUGGCCUUUAGAACUGAAAUGGGACUGUAUUACUCCUACUUUAAAACCAUUAUUGAGGCUCCUACCUUCCUGAAUGGACUUUAUAUGAUCAUGAAUGACAGACUUACUGAAUAUCCAUUAGUGAUAAAUACCUUAAAGAGGUUCAACUUAUAUCCAGAGGUGGUCCUCGCCAGCUUGUACCGUGUGUACACUGCUACAAUGGGAGUCUUAGGAAUCCCCACCAAGAUGUGCUGGUCCAUCAACAGAGGGGAGGGGCUGGAACCAGUGGAAAGCUGUGAAGGCAUGGGGGAUCCUGCCUACUUCUACGUCACUUUUGUUUUCCUCUUAAAUGGGGCAAUGAUGAGCCUCUUUUACAUCUAUGGAACGUAUCUAAGCGGCAGCAGGCUGGGUGGUGGUGUUACGGUCUUGUGUUUCUUUUUUAAUCAUGGAGAGAGCACUCGAGUCAUGUGGACCCCACCUCUGAGAGAGAGCUUCUCCUACCCUUUCCUCGUUCUGCAGAUGCUCCUCCUAACAUAUAUCCUACGAAACCGGAACCCGAGCCGGAACGCCAUGAUGGCUCUGGGCUUCUCAAACGUGAUGUUCAUGCUGCCCUGGCAGUUUGCGCAAUUCGUCUUGCUGACGCAGGUGGCCUCCCUGUUUGCUUCAUACAUCCUGGGCUAUCUGAGUCCUACGAAGAUGCAGGCCAUCCUAGUGACACACAUGGUGUCUCUAGGAGUCUGCUUUGUUCUGAUGUUUGGGAACUCCAUGCUGCUUACAUCCUUCUAUGCCUCCUCCCUCGUCUCCAUCUGGGCUAUUGUGGCACUGAGGGACCGUUUCACAGACACUUUCCGAGCUGGGCUCCUGACGUGGGUCAUGCAGUGCCUUGCCUGGGUGGUGACGACGGCCAUUCUGAAGUCCACAUUGGCUGUGUUCUUUGGGGCUUCAGAUGACGCUCACAUCAGCAGCCUGAUCAAGUCCAAAUUUACCAGCUACAAGGACUUUGACACCAUGAUGUAUACUUGCGCAGCUGAGUUCGACUUCAUGGAGACGGAGACUGUGUUCCGGUAUCUUAAAACCCUGCUGUUGCCUUCUAAUAUACUGGUGGUGGGCAUUAUUGCUGGAAAGACCAUAAAGGAUGUGGUCGUGGCGCUCCGACACCAGAGUCCUGCUGAGGUGGAGAAUGGGCCGAGCGCUGACCAGACAGAGAAGUUGGCUAAAGGGGUGAUGGUAUACCACAGUCUGCAGCUGGUGGCUUUUGCCGUGUUGGCUGUUCUCAUCAUGAGGCUGAAACUCUUCCUCACGCCACACAUGUGUCUCAUGGCCUCCCUGAUCUGUUCCAGACAGUUGUUUGGCUGGGUCGGUGAGAAGGCCAGGCAGCACAUUGUUGUGCUUGUCAUCCUGUCCAUCAUGGCAGUUCAAGGGGUAGCCAACUUGCAGAACCAGUGGGGCAUCAUGGGAGAAUUCAGCAACCUCCCACAGGAAGACCUGCUGGAAUGGAUCAAAGAAAACACUCCACAGAACACUGUGUUUGCUGGCGCCAUGCCCACCAUGGCAAGUGUGAAACUGUCCACAGGAAGAGCAAUCGUCAACCACCCCCACUAUGAGGAUGCGGGGCUAAGGGAGAGGACAAAGCAGGUGUAUGCCAUGUACAGCCGCAAACCAGCUGAGGCGGUGAAGAGAAACCUGCUGAGCCUACAGGUCGACUACUUCAUUCUGGAGGACUCGUGGUGCACCAGGCGCACCAGGCCCGGGUGCAGCAUGCCUGAGAUCUGGGAUGUGGAGGACCCCCACAACGUAGGCAGAACCCCCCUCUGCACACUCAUGUCCAGGGACUCCCGCCCCCACUUCACCACCGUCUUUCAGAACAAUGUCUACAAAGUCCUGAAGGUCCCCAAAGCUACUAGAGACCCCAGAUAACACGCGUUGGCGUGCGAAAAAUGCUAAUUAGUGUUGUCCAAAAGGUCGUGACCCGUUUGCGUCAUUAUUUGUUUUGGUACCUGUUGCGGGUGUUGUGUUGACCGUGAGGCAGUCGGUGGAGCACACUGCUGGUGUCCCCUCCAGCUAUUGCGCUGUGAGUGUUGACGUCUCAGCUCGUGCUUCCCACGGGCUUGCUCGCUUCUGCUGCUGCUCCUUGCCACCACAGUAUGUUCAUGCCUUCUCUUUUUUUUUUACCUCCUGCCACAGCAGACCUACCCUUUAAAUGUUUUUAGUCUCAUGUUUUAGGCGUAAAAUGUUUUCUUUUUAUUUUAUUUCAAUGUAGCAAAUUGCCACCUUAAAAACCGAUGUAAAAUCUGAAAUUUCUAUAUAGAAUCCAAUAAUCUGUAACUGCAGUGUAUUAAUAUUUGAACCGUCCUAAGUAAUAUUUUGUUUUUGUUUUGUCUGUCGUCAUUUCUCCAAAACACACGGUUGGACUAAUAUAGGGUGAUGAGUUUGAAGUCCAUUUUUUUGUGUGCAAUUUUGUGCAGUCUUUUGACUAUGUUGUAAUUGUGUUUGUAGGAAGCCUGUAGUUUUCUGUUACUGCCUGUAUAUUUCAGAGUCCGCACUCUGAGUGGGCCUUUGUUUCACUAUUGUUCAGUUCUGUUUAGUGUUAUGUUCAACUUCCUUUCUGUAACCACAUAUUGUGCUCACAACAGAAAACUGAAGCAAAACUGAGAAGUUCAUUGGGUUUAGUGUAACAGUUGCCCUUCAGCUAUUUGGGUGUGGGCCAUCUUAAAUGGUUCCAGUGUGUAAGUUUAGAUAAGCAGCUAGUGUCCCAGACCAAGGAAAUCCGAUCUUGAGUGAGGAUGUGUCCGCUGUCCUGGUGCUCUUCUCCAGAAAGUUUGUACCCUGUCCUUCCUUUCCUCACAUGGUCUCUGCAUUUACAGUUGAUCAUAUCAUCCAGUGCACAGAGCCACUAUCAAUCAUACAGCUGAAUGUUGUUGUUUUUGCCUGUCAAGUUGAAAUUUCCACAGAACUGUGGCCGGUAUUAGAUAGGUUGUAGAGGAUUCUCUUUGGCGAACGUGUGUUCAGUCCAUAGCUUUGAGUAGCUCAAGGGCAGUGGGGGUAAAGCCAUGCUGUUUUUGGGCUUAAUGUAGGUCAUACUUACAGGAGGGCAGCAGGGAAACCUUAAGAAAACCAAACAGCACCUCACACUUUGACCAACGAGACCCUUCAGUCAAAUGUAGACAUCAGAUCAAAAAGCUGUAAAAAACUGCGCGCAUAUUCAAGUUGCGAGAGAAAACUGGUAUCGUUUUCUUACUGACGUAACGAAGCUGCAUAUAAGCCUUGAUGCAUUUCUUAAGUAUUAACUUUUUUUUCUUCAUUUCCAUGCUGUAAUAUACUGUAAUUGAGCAUUUGUGGCACAAAUUGAUAUCAUAAUGAUAUCACAGUCUGCCUAAUGUUGGGGGUGGGGAUAUUUUAUGUGGAAAUAUAAUUUUGUUUGUAGUACUUUUUUACUUUCCUUUUUAAGUGUAUUUUAUGAAUAAAGGGAUUUGUAAUUUUGCA